UAAUUCAGGACUCUCUGCUAAUCUAAUCAAUCUUUCACAAAUCGGAACAUCUUUUGGAUCAUCGUGUUCGUAAGUGGAGGAAGAAUGGCAACAAAUGAACAACCCAAGGCUGCUAAUGAAGAAGCUAAGAUUGAUCUGUUUGAAGAUGACGAUGAGUUUGAAGAGUUUGCAAUCGAUCAAGAGUGGGAUGUAAAGGAAGAAGGAAAUGAAGUAACUCAACAAUGGGAAGAUGAUUGGGAUGAUGAUGAUGUGAAUGAUGACUUCUCUCUACAGCUGAGGAGGGAAUUGGAAAGCAACAACGAGAAGAAGUGAAUAUGUAAUUCCAUUUGCAGAUUCAGGAGGAUGGAAUUGAGUUCUUUUGGGAAGGAUGUACGGCCAAUACUUUCAACAUGUGAUCCCUUCCAGUAAAAUGGGGUGGUUUGCGGUUUAUGUAAGCUACUCAAACAAUUUGAACUUUGUGUAUUGAAUACUUAUACUUCUUGCUUUAUGACUUGUA